AUGACAUGGAAAAAAAUAAAACGCUAUGUGACUCGUUGUCCAAUUUGUCGCGGAAGGUUUAUGAGGAAUGGUGCAACUAAGCCAUCAUUUAUUCGUGAAGGAACGAAUCAGUUAUCUACAAAUAAUCGAUAUCCAAUUGCGCUACAUAAUAUUCUCGAAAGGCGCAUGAAAAAAACUUUAAAUCAGAAAGAAAUGCAUGCUGAAUAUUUUUCCGAAGGAAUUAAACUGUGCUUUCUUCUUCAAAAAUUUUAUGAAUUCGAAUUAAACUCUGCCAAAUGGAAAAAAUCGUCAUUAUGUCCUGGCUGUUUGGAUUAUAUUUAUUUGAAUGGUGUUUAUGUAUUAGAACGUAGUCAUUCAAUUCAUGUUUAUUGCUUAAAAAAAUGGAAAGAAGUGAACAAAGUAUGUCAGAUAUGUAAUAAAAAAAGGAAAUUGGAAACUGUGUAUAAGGAUUUGUUAGUGAUAUUAGAUGAAAAAAACUUUCCAUUUUACCAGAACGAUUCAAAUGAGCAGUUUGAGGAUGAAUCUGACAAACUCAAACAAGAGAAUGCCAUCUUACAUCUUAGAAUAGCAGAAGCUGCUUUAAUGUUAGAAAAGGCAAUGAAACUAGAGGACGACCAACAAAUUAGGAGAAUGAGUCAAUAA